AUGUUGAAAUAUUUGGGUUUUUCUUUAUUAAAAUCGCACCAUUGUUUGGAAUAUUCUUUGGGGCAUAUAGCACCGUCAACUUCAUAUUUUUUGAUAUCUCGAAAAUGUCAUGAAACAAAAAAUACAAUGACGUUGUAUCCUGGCACUAAGAUUCCUGUAGAAGAAGCUUGGAAACGACGCAUACAACUUAGACAACCAAAAUUACAAUGUGAUGAGGAAGUGAAACCAAAGGUAUAUUAUGCUCCUGAAUGGGACUUGAGUAAACGGCAUGAUGGAGAAGAUGGUGAAGCACAUCCAUUGAUUGAUCAAGAUGUAAUGACUCCAGAAAAGUGGAAUUAUUAUAACAAGGUCGUUUGGCCACCAAAUUAUGUGAGCCCUCAAACAGGUUUGCCGCUUUUGCGCCAAGUAUAUUAUUGUCGUGAAUCAAUUCAUUGCAGUCCGAAGAGAAUGUUUAUGGCUUGUCAAUUAAUUUGGCGUUUGAAUGUUGACGAAGCCUUAGAACAGUUAAAGCUUCAGCGAAAAAAGGCUUGCAUGAUUUUAAGUCAGGCUCUAGUUGAAGCGAAAAAGAAAGCAAGAGAGCUUCACAUCGAGUUUCCAUCUGAUAUGCACGUCGCAGAGGCAUUUCCUAUACAGUGUCAAAUCGUUAAAGGCUUCAGGCGUCAUGCACGUGAACGUAUCACAGUAACUCGAUACCGAUAUAUCAAUAUUUUUGUCAGACUGGAAGAAGGUGAUGGGCCAGGAAUGAAGAACAGAUGGGUACCAAAGGAUGGUUGGGACAAAAUGAAGGAUUAUUACAAGUAUUUGAGAGAACGCAACAUUGAAUAUUCUAUCUAA